AUGAAAGGUUUUAGAGAUUGGGUUUUGUCACAAAUAGUUUCCAAAUCGUUGGUAUCCCCUACACCGUUAUCAGGCGGUAAUGGUUUCUAUACGGAAGAGCGUUUGAAUGAAGAUCUUAAUGAGCAAGCUUCCACAUCUAAUAGUGUAACAUUGCCGAUUCCAUCUGGCACAUCAAACUCUUCUGCCAAUCAGAGUAAUCAGAGUAGUUCCACACUGCAGCAAGCUUCAGAUGCAGAAAUUUCUCAAUCUCAAGAGAGUGGUAAUGGAGGACAGAAGGAUACUUUGGCAAAGGUUGAGGAUCUCCAAGUUAAAUUUUUCCGCCUGCUCCAGCGCCUCAACCAGUCAAAAGAAAACCUUUUGGUCACAAAGGUUCUUUAUCGGAUGCACCUGGCAACUUUGAUUCGUACUGAAGAAUUGGAUCUGAAAAGAGUUAACCUUAGUAGCAGUCGAGCCCGAGCAAUAGCAAAUCAACAUGAGGCGGCUGGGAUGCCCCAAUUGGAGUUCUCCUGCAGAAUACUCGUCCUUGGUAAAACAGGAGUUGGUAAAAGUGCUACCAUAAACUCUAUAUUUGGUCAAGAAAAAGCCACGACAAAUGCUUUUCAACCUGCUACUGAUUGCAUCCAAGAAAUUGUGGGAACUGUAAACGGGCUUAACAUAACGUUUAUUGACACCCCUGGUUUCCUGCCUUCCUCUACCAAUAAUGUGAAGAGAAAUAAGAGGAUCAUGCUGUCUGUGAAGAGAUUCAUUAGAAAAUCCCCUCCAGACAUCGUUUUAUAUUUUGAACGGCUUGAUCAUAUCAAUUCUGGUUAUAGUGACCUCCCACUUUUGAAACUCAUAACCGAAGUAUUUGGUGCAGCAAUCUGGUUCAACACCAUUCUAGUCAUGACUCAUUCUUCCUCAGCUAUUCCAGAAGGACUUGAGGGAUAUACUGUCAAUUAUGAUUCAUAUAUAUCUCAAUGUACUAACCUAAUACAGCAGUAUAUACAACAGGCGAUGUUAGAUUCAAGGCUUGAAAACCCUGCUCUUUUGGUUGAGAACCAUCCUCAGUGCCCAAUAAAUAUUACGGGGGAGAAAAUUCUUCCUAAUGGACAGGUUUGGAGAUCUCAACUCUUGUUAUUUUGCAUUUGUACGAAAGUUCUGGGCGAUGUAAACUCCCUCCUUAAGUUUCAGAAUGGCGUAGAACUAGGACCAGCAAAUAGUACCCAAGUUGCUUCUCUUCCCCAUCUCCUUUCGUCCCUGUUACGACAUCGCCCUGUAUCUAGUCAAAGUGGAAUUGAUGAUGAAGUGGAGGCAAUUUUACUUUCAGACAAGGAAGAAGGAGAUGAGUAUGAUCAACUUCCAUCCAUACGAAUAUUGACAAAAUUCCAGUUUGAAAAGUUGUCCAAGGCACAGAAAGAAGAUUAUCUGGAUGAAUUGGAAUACAGGGAGACCCUUUACUUAAAGAAACAAAUGAAAGAAGAGUAUCGUAGGCGCAAGGAUAAGUUGAUCUUAGAAGAACAAGAGUUUUUAAAUAGUAACAAUUCUGAUGAUCAACAGGCUCCUCCCGAACCUGUUCAGUUACCAGAUAUGGCUGUUCCUCUAAGUUUUGAUUCAGAUUGUGCGAUACAUAGAUAUCGCUGCCUUGUUGAUAGUGACCAGUGGCUUGUGAGACCUGUUCUUGAUCCCCAAGGAUGGGAUCACGAUGUGGGUUUUGAUGGUAUAAACUUGGAGAUAUCUACUGAAAUAAAGAGGAAUGUAUCCGGCACGGUGGUGGGACAAAUGCAUAAGAACAAGCAGGAUUUCAAUAUUCAAUCUGAGUGUGCUGCAACUUAUGUUAAUCCGUUGGGUCCUACUUAUUCUAUCGGCGUUGAUGUUCAAUCUGCUGGUAAAGAUAUGGUUUAUACCGUUCAUACUGACACAAAAUUGAAAAACAUAAAACACAAUAUUGCUGAUUGUGGCGUUUCUUUGACAUCUUUCGGAAAGAAAUACUACGUGGGUGCAAAAGUUGAGGACACUUUGCUAAUUGGAAAGAGAUUAAAAUUUGUCGUUAAUGCUGGACGUAUGGAAGGUCAAGGACAAGUGGCGUAUGGUGGAAGUUUUGAAACUUGUUUACGCGGUGAAGAUUAUCCCGUAAGAAAUGACAAUUUAAGCCUGACAAUGACAGUCCUCUCCUUCAAUAAAGAAACGGUGUUGAGUGGAAGUUUGCAAUCUGAGCUCAGGCUGAGUCGAAGCUUGAAAGCAACUGCUAGUGCUAAUCUAAAUAGUCGCAAAAUGGGUCAGAUAUGUAUAAAGAUGAGUAGUUCUGAGCAUUUACAAAUUGCAUUGGUCGCAGUUUUCUCAAUUUUGAAGGUUCUGUUAUCUAAAAAGAAGAUUUAG